AUGGUUCAACCAAUUUUCCAACCACUUGUUUCACCCUCCAUUCUUCCUCCUUCUUCUGCAUGCCCUUUGCACUUCCUUCCACCCCAUAAUAAUGGCUUCCACCCCACUUUCCCUAACUCCUCACAAAGCCUCAAACAUGGGACACCCCAAUGUUGUGCUGUUUCACCCUGUAAUCAGAACAACACUGUUCUUCUUAAUGACUGGCCUCAGUUCCUUCAAUUCUCAAUUGGGUCACAUGAUUAUAUGCUGGCCAAGGCAAUUCAUGGGUCUCUUAUCAAAUCUGGUUGUGAAGGUGACAUGUUUGUGGACAACAAUCUUAUGAACCUUUACUCAAAAUUCAGUAACAUGGGUGAUGCACAGAGGAUAUUCGAUGAAAUGCCUGUGAGGAGCAUAGUCACUUGGACUACCCUCAUGAAGGGGUAUUUGAAGAAUGGGGAUGUUGGGUCUGUUUUCUGUGUUGCACGUGAUAUGUGCAUGGCUGGUGAGAAGUUCAAUGAGCAUACUUGUUCAGUGGUUCUACAGGCAUGUAGGUCCCUGGAGGAUCGUGUUUUUGGGGAGCAGGUUCAUGCUUUUGUCGUGAAAAAUGGGCUUCAGGAGAAUGUUGUUGUGGCCACUUCAUUGGUUUCUAUGUAUUGUAGAAGUGGUCAGUUGGGUUGUGGUGAAAAAGUGUUUGGCGGCAUAAGUGUUAAAGAUGCUCAGUGCAUAAAUUAUAUGAUUUUGGAAUAUGGCAAGGAAGGCUUGGGGGAUAAGGCGCUUUGGAUUUUUGUGGAUAUGCUACAAUCUGGAUUGAAACCAAGUGAUUACACGUUUACGAAUUUGAUCAGUGUGUGUGAUUCAAGUGUAGGAUUAUAUGUAGGGAAGCAACUACAUGGGCUUGCAGUUAAGUAUGGUUUUAUGUGUAAAACAUCUCUUGGAAAUGCAGUUAUUACAAUGUAUGGGCAACAUGGAAAGGUCAAAGAGGCUGAGAGAGUGUUUGGUGAACUGGAUGAGAGGUCUUUGAUUUCCUGGUCUGCUCUUCUUUCAGUGUUUGUUAAGAACGGCCAUUCUAACAAAGCCUUUGAAAUUUUCCUAAAUAUGCUUCAAGUUGGUGUGCCUCUUGAUUCUGGUUGCUUCAGCACUGUUUUAGAUGGGUGUUCAGAGUGGAAUAAUUUGAAAUUUGGGAUUCAAAUUCAUGGACUUGCAAUAAAGCUUGGUCAUGUCUCUGAUGUAAAUAGUGGUACUUCUUUAGUAGAUUUGUAUGCUAACUGUGGAAGUUUGCAGUCUGCAAGAGUGAUUUUUGACAGGCUUCCAAAUAAAACAAUUGCUUCAUUUAAUGCUAUUCUAGUUGGAUACCAGAAUUCAAAAAUAAGAGAUGAUGAAGAGGACCCUAUGGGUUUUUUCAGCAAAGUAAGAUUCAAUGGUGUGAAACCAGAUUGUGUAACGUUUUCACGACUCCUUUGUUUAUCUGCUAAUCAAGCAUGCUUGGUAACUGGGAAAAGUCUUCAUGCUUACACUAUAAAGGUGGGCCUUGAAGAUGAUACUGCUGUAGGCAAUGCUGUAAUUACUAUGUAUGCUAAAUGUGGCACUGUUCAGGAUGCUUAUCAAAUAUUUAGUAGCAUGAACCGUGAUUUUGUUACCUGGAAUGCCAUAAUUUCUGCAUAUGCCCUUCAUGGUGAAGGAAACAAUGUACUUUUGCUCUUUGAGGAGAUGAAGGAACAGGGUUUUGCUCCUGAUGAGAUUACAAUGUUGGCUGUUCUCCAAGCAUGUAGUUACUCAGGUUUGUGGGAAACUGGGUUGCACUUAUUCAAUGAGAUUGAAUCGAAGUAUGGGAUCAGGCCUGUGAUUGAGCACUUCUCUUGCAUCAUUGAUCUUUUAGGUCGAGCUGGAAACCUAUCCAAAGCCAUUGAUAUCAUCAACAAAUGCCCGUACCCUGAGUCACCUUUGCUUUGGAGGACUUUUGUGAAUGUCUGUAAGCUUUGUAGUGAUUUACAAUGUGGAACGUGGGCAUCCAGAAAAUUGCUUGAUUUAGCCCCCAAUGAGGCCUCCUCUUACAUACUUGUAUCAAAUAUGUAUGCUGAAGGAGGCAUGCUGGAAGAGGCUGCAAAGAUCAGAACAGCUAUGAAUGACUUGAAAUUAUUUAAAGAAACAGGUUCCAGCUGGAUUGAGAUAGACAACGAGGUUCACUAUUUUAUAGCAAGUGACAAAAACCACCCUCAAAGCAGAGAAAUUUAUGCACAUUUGGAUCUGUUAAAAUAUGAAAUAUGUCGGAGCUGUGGGAACAGAAAUAAUCUUGAACUGAUUUCAAAUUCCCUGUGA